AUGGGCAAAUGCAUUGAAAGAAUAUCCAGAAAAACAAAUUCACUGAAGUUGAAUGCAGGCUCUCACAACAAUGCUAGCAGGUACACUGAUGCCUAUGGGUUCCUAGAACUCUUUCCUGGCAGGCAUGAGAAUGAUAUGGCAGCAGACAGGUUAUUGUCAAUUAAACACGAGCUGUCAGAAAGUUACAUCGAGGAAGCUUGUAUCAUUCCUUGCCCCUCAGACUGUAAGCUCAGCGAGUGGUCCAACUGGUCGCGCUGCAGCAAGUCCUGCGGAAGUGGUGUGAAGGUGCGCUCUAAAUGGCUGCGUGAAAAACCCUACAAUGGAGGAAGGCCAUGCCCCAAACUGGACCAUGUCAAUCAGGCACAGGUGUAUGAGGUCGUACCAUGCCACAGUGACUGCCACCAGUACAUAUGGGUCACAGAGCCCUGGAGCGUCUGCAAGGUGACCUUUGUGAACACGCGGGAGAACUGCGGAGAAGGCGUGCAAACCCGAAAAGUGAGAUGCAUGCAGAAUACGGCAGAUGGCCCUUCUGAACAUGUUGAAGAUUACCUCUGUGACCCAGAAGAGAUGCCUCUGGGCUCCAGAGAGUGCAAAUUACCAUGCCCUGAGGACUGUGUGAUAUCCGAAUGGGGUCCCUGGACCAAGUGUGUUUUGCCUUGCAAUCAGAGCAGUUUCCGACAAAGAUCAGCUGAUCCCAUCAGGCAACCUGCUGAUGAGGGCAGAUCCUGCCCUGAUGCUGUUGAGAAGGAGCCCUGUACCCUGAACAGAAACUGCUACCACUAUGACUACAACGUAACAGACUGGAGUACGUGCCAGCUCAGUGAGAAAGCUGUGUGUGGAAAUGGCAUUAAAACAAGGAUGUUGGAUUGUGUUCGAAGUGAUGGCAAGUCGGUUGACCUGAAGUAUUGUGAAGAGCUUGACCUGGAAAAGAAUUGGCAGAUGAACACAACCUGCGUGGUGGAAUGCCCCGUGAACUGUCAGCUUUCUGAUUGGUCUCCUUGGUCAGAAUGUUCUCAAACAUGUGGCCUUACAGGAAAAAUGAUCCGAAAACGAACAGUGACCCAGCCCUUUCAGGGUGAUGGAAGACCGUGCCCUUCCCUGAUGGACCAGUCCAAACCCUGCCCAGUGAAGCCCUGUUAUCGGUGGCAAUAUGGCCAGUGGUCUCCAUGCCAAGUGCAGGAAGCCCAGUGUGGAGAAGGGACAAGAACAAGGAAUAUUUCUUGUGUAGUGAGUGAUGGGUCAGUUGAUGACUUUAGCAAAGUGGUGGAUGAGGAGUUCUGUGCUAACAUUGAACCCAUGGUAGAUGGUAAUAAAAACAUGAUUCUGGAGGAAACCUGCACCCAGCCUUGCCCAGGUGACUGUUACUUGAAGGACUGGUCUUCAUGGAGCCUGUGUCAACUGACCUGUGUGAAUGGUGAGGAUCUGGGCCUUGGUGGAAUACAGGUUCGAUCCAGAGCAGUGAUUAUACAAGAGCUGGAGAAUCAGCAUCUGUGCCCAGAGCAAAUGUUAGAAACAAAAUCAUGUGAUGAUGGACAGUGUUAUGAAUAUAAGUGGAUGGCCAGUGCUUGGAAGGGGGCUUCCCGAACAGUCUGGUGUCAAAGAUCAGAUGGUGUAAAUGUAACAGGAGGCUGCCUGGUGGUGAGCCAGCCUGAUGCCGACAGGUCUUGUAACCCGCCAUGUAGCCAGCCCCACUCGUACUGUAGCGAGACAAAAACAUGCCAUUGUGAAGAAGGAUACACUGAAGUCAUGUCUUCUAAUAGUACCCUUGAGCAGUGCACACUUAUCCCCGUGGUGGUGAUACCCACCGUGGAGGACAAAAGAGAUGUGAAAACGAGUCGGGCGGUACAUCCAACCCAAACCUCCAGCAACCCAGUAGGACGGGGAAGGACCUGGUUUCUACAACCAUUUGGACCAGAUGGGAGACUAAAGACCUGGGUUUAUGGUGUAGCAGCCGGGGCAUUUGUGUUACUCAUCUUUAUUGUCUCCAUGAUUUAUCUAGCUUGCAAAAAGCCAAAGAAACCCCAAAGAAGGCAAAACAACCGACUGAAACCUUUAACCUUAGCCUAUGAUGGUGAUGCAGACAUGUAACAUACAUCUUUUCCUGGCAACAACUAGUUUCGGCUUUCUGACUUUGUAGUAGAUAUCCAGAGGCCACAACAAAUGUAUCCAAACUGUGUGGAUUAAAAUGCAUUUUACUUUUUAAAAGAGCAUCAUAAAGACAAGAGUAACAGUUCUGCUGCCACUGGAGAUAUUCAAGACAGUACGGCUUACAUAAAGACCAUCCAUCCUGAGAAUUCUAGGAGAUUUAGUUAACUACAUGCUGCAUUCAGAGAGUUUGAUGUCAUCUUUUCUGAAAUCUACCAACUGAAAACCACUCUUUCAUCUCUAAAAUUAAUGGCAGCAUUGGCCAUUUUGGAUGCCUGGGGCAAAACCAUCUGCAGUGUUGACCCAUAAAACUUUCUAGCAUGAAGAGUUUAUACCAAGAUCUGUACAAUACUAUAGUGAAGCGUAACAACAUGUAUACUCAAAUGAAUGAUACACAUUAUGUCAGAUUAUGUACUUGUUAAUAAGCAGUUUUAACAAUUAAUAAGAAAUAAGCUCUAAGCUAGGUAGAAAAGGCAUUGAAUACAUUCAGCAUCUUGGUGGUUGAUGGUAGCUUUUAUUGACUUGUAUUUCAGAGACAAAGACUCUUUUCUAAGACUUCCUUCUUGUCUCUCUCCAAAGCACGAAUGCUGGACAUGUACUAGUAUCUUAGAAGAAAGAGUCCUCAAGUUCAGUAUUUUAUAGUUGUUAUUGUAUGGAAAACUAAUUUACUUGUGUUAAUACAAUACAUUUCUACUUUCCCUAAUUUUCAAACUGGUUGCCUGCAUCUUUUUUGCUAUAUGGAAGGCACAUUUUUGCACUAUAUUAGUGUACCAUGAUAGGCUCUGAACCAGUAUUGCCAUAGAAACUGCCUCUUUUCACAUGGGAUGAAGACAUCUGUGUUGAGAGUGUCAAGGAGACAUUUGCAAGUUCUUGCAUCUUGAAGAGAGUAAAGUUUGAUUUGGAUGGCAACAAGAUAGAAUCAGAUGUUACACUUGCUGUCUACACACUUACUCAUCACUGCAGCCAUUGUGCAAUUGACAACAUGGCGGUAAUUUAAGUGUUGAAGUCCCCAACCCAUGAACCCUCCAGAAGGUGAAUUCCCCUAGUUGGUUUGUAAUUGUUCUUUGAAGGCUGUUUAUGACUAGAUUUUUAUAUUUGUUAUCUUUGUUAAAAAAAGAAAAGAAAAGAAAAAAAGGAACUGGUUGUCUUUUUAUUUUGAGCAGACGGAGAAGAUAAUGUAUCAAUAACUUUUGUAACUAAAG